GGGGGCCUAAUGGGAGGACUGAUACUUGAGUGCGGGAGGAGAGAGAAGCCAAAAAGAGGAAUAUUUGAUCUCAGGCUCUGGAGGAGGGACUGUGCCAGUUCUGCUCUGUGUCAGGUGGUACAGACCCAUCUGGAGUCUUAUGUUUCUCUGGGUCCCACACAGAUCAUGAUAAAAUGAAGCAACCCCAGAAUGGACUACUUAGAAGCUGAGGUUUCAGACACCAUAUUGGAGGUAGAGUAACUGUGAAAACUGGGCUUUUCCAGCCAGCAGCAGAUAAAAUAACAGGCACCUUCUUCAUGUGGGAGAAGAAUUAGAGUCACUCUGAGUGGCUGAUGUCAGGGAGGAGAAGUUGUGGGAUCACAGAUAAGGAAGAACAUUGCCAAAUGAACUGCCCAACCAUGGAACAAGCUAUGUCACAAGGCAGCGGACUUCCUGUCACGGGAAUAGCCAAGCAAAAGUUGCAAGUGAAGAGUAUUUACCAACAAAGGAUUCCGGCUUUGCACGGAGGUUGACCUAAAAUGCCCCUUCCAGCUUUGAGAGUUCAUGACUCUCUCUGACUACAAGAGAGAGAGGAACGGAGAAAGAGAAACAUCGAUGUGAGAGAGAAGCAUUGAUUGGUUGCCUACCAUACAUGUCAGAACCAGGGAUUGUAUGUGCCUGGGAUGAGUAUUGAACCUGCAACCUAGGCAAGGUAGAGCCAACUGUGCAGAGCUCUGCAGCCAGCAGCCCAGAGAGAAGCGGCUAUGGUGCCCAGCUGAAGCGAACUGGCCUCCUUGAACCUGCCCAGCCUUGGUGCCAGGUCUCUGUCCUAGCACUGAGGUGUGGCAAAGGAAGGAGUUCCUUACAUCAAGACUGCAUAUGACAUAUAUCAUCCUGUAACUACUCAGCUCCAAUCUUUCCUGCAAGAAUUCUAAAGGGGGAAAGCAUGUCUCGGAUUGCUCUGCGUGUCCCAGGGUUCCCAGACUUCUGAAAAUAGAGCUUUAAGUGCUCAACCUUCUACCUGGGGAACAAAGCAGCAAACGGAGGAAGGAGAGGAGCCAAAAAGAAGCAGAACUCCGAACACUUCCCCUGUUCCUGUGGAAGGCAGUGCCAUGGAAGGCAGUUGGGAGAAAUUUCCAGAGACGGUGGCUGAUGGUGCCAAAUGCCAGCGAGAUGUUUUUUCAUCAUUCUGAGAAAAAAAUGAGCUGUGGCCUCCAGACCCAGUAAAGCAAAUACCCUUUCCAUGAAGAACAGUGCUAGAUCCUGAGGACCUGGUGGGCCUUCAGUCCCAGGGGCCAGAAGCAGGCUUGUUUUCCUGCUCUGCACAGAGUUGCUCCCUUGAAUGCAUCUUUCAUUAUGAUUCACACCACCUUGAAGAAAAAAUUCAGCUGCUGUUUGCUGGCCUUUGUCCUGUUUGCAGCCAUCUGUAUUUGGAAGGAGAAGAAGAAAGGGAGUUACUAUAAUUCCCUUAAAUUGCAAACCAAGGAAUUCCAGGCAGUGAGUUUGGAGAAACUUGCCGUGGGGUCUGGUUCCCAGUCUGCAUCUUCAAGCAACUCCCAGGACCCCCACAGGAGCAGCCAGACCCUCAGCAGUCCCAGGGGCCCGGCCAAGACCAAGCUAGAGACCUUCUUCCAGGUGUGGGACAAAGACAGCUCUUCCAAAAACCUUAUCCCCAGGCUGCGGAAGAUCUGGAGGAAUUAUCUGAACAUGAACAAGUACAAUGUGUCCUACAAGGGGCCAGGGCCUGGUGUCAAGUUCAGUGCAGAGGCCCUGCGCUGCCACCUUCGGGACCAAGUGAACGUAUCCAUGGUAGAGGCCACAGAUUUUCCCUUCAAUACCUCUGAAUGGGAGGGCUACCUGCCCAAAGACAGCAUUAGGACCAAGGCUGGGCCGUGGGGCAGGUGUGCUGUUGUCUCAUCAGCAGGAUCUCUGAAGUCCUCCCAACUGGGCAAAGAAAUAGAUGAUCAUGAUGCAGUUCUGAGGUUUAAUGGGGCACCUACAGCCAACUUCCAACAGGAUGUGGGCAGAAAAACCACCAUUCGCCUGAUGAACUCUCAGUUGGUCACCACAGAACAGAACUUCCUCAAAGACAGUUUGUACCAUGAAGGAAUCCUAAUUGUGUGGGACCCAUCUGUUUACCAUUCAGAUAUCCCAAAGUGGUACAAGAAUCCCGACUACAGGUUCUUUGAUAAUUACAAGAGCUACCGUAAGCUACAUCCUGAGCAGCCCUUUUACAUCCUCAGACCCCAGAUGCCUUGGGAGCUAUGGGACGUCAUUCAGGAAAUCUCCACAGAGGAGAUUCAGCCAAAUCCCCCAUCCUCUGGGAUGCUUGGUAUCAUCAUCAUGAUGACGUUGUGUGACCAGGUGGAUAUUUAUGAGUUUCUCCCAUCCAAGCGCAAGACUGAUGUGUGCCACUACUACCAGAAGUUCUUUGACAGCGCCUGCACAAUGGGUGCCUACCACCCACUUCUCUUUGAGAAGAAUAUGGUGAAGUACCUCAACCAGGGCAAAGACGAGGACAUUUACCUCCUUGGAAAAGCCACACUGCCUGGUUUCCGGAGCAUUCGCUGCUGAUGUGGGGUCCCUGGCCAGGCGCCUUCACCCUUCAUUGGGCGUUUUGACAGCCCAUCUCUUGGCUGCCCUGGGUCUGGGAAGGGCCAUGUUUCUGAACAAUCCCUGCCUGCUCCUUACACUCCAGGCCUUCUGUCAGCAAGGGCCCUGGAGCUUCAGAAACCCAAGGGCGAGGAACAAGGUCCAGCCUGCCCUAUAGCCAUAGAUGUGUGUGAGCCCAGAGCCCCUGCCACCCAUGUACACACACACCUAGCACUCUUUCCAGACAGAGUCCCUACCUCCUUCUACACGGGUAAAUGCAAGACCCACCUUUCCAAACAAGGCUGCCAAAGCUGGGCUGUUUUCUCCACCUGAAUGAUGUUAUUUUCACAAACCAGCCCUCCAUAUUGCUUGAAAUCUGCACCUAGACAUUGAUUUCAUGUUUUGAACAAAUUAUCCCAAAUUAUGAUUGUGCCUAGGAAAGGCUGGCUCUGGGGAAGGCGGUAUAGGGCGUAGGAAACAUGCUGCUCGGUUCCUCCAGAACAAAGAUGCCCCUAAGGUCUAUGACCCUGGGAGAGGCUGUAUUCCUAUUGUCCAGGCUGGUGGGGCUGGUCCUCAGCCUGGGUGCUUAUGUGCAGAGGGUCUUGGUGAACUCAUCUUCCUUUCCACAUGGAGCUGGAGGGACAGGAACAUGCAGUCUCCAUUCUCAAGUUGCCCACAGUUCAGUGGGAGUGGCAGACAGGCAGGAUGCAGUGAGCUUAGUGCUCGGGGGCCUGGCUGGAGGGAGGUUGGCUGCUGUGCUGUCUGUCCCUGCGCCCACACUUGCUGAGAAGAGGGGCACACACUUCUGUGUCUGUAGGUCACAGGGGGCUUCACAGAGCUAGGGUCACAGAGUGGACCUCAGAGCAAGAGGAGAGACAUGCCAAACAGAUUUUCGUGGAGUCAUUUGAGUUGUGUUUUCCUUUCUGCCUUUAUUUAUCCGUAUUUAUUCUUUAAGAUCUGCCUGAAUUUACAGGCUCAAAUUAUUUUCUGAUGAAAACCCCAAUCCAUGUUUGAGGGAGCAAGUGCAGACCCAUGGCAAAUUCCAGACAAGAUUGUUGCCAAAGCCUGAUUUCUCCAGGCUCAGCUAGGUCAGCUCUGACCUGAUGCUACUAGCUGGGUUUGUACACUGUAUCCACCUUUUCCUUUUUAACACCCACCCUCAUAUGUCCCCCUAACUGCCACCUUGUGUAUUCCCUUCAGAGUGGUCUUCCCCCUCCCAGGUUACUUCUAAGCAUUUUCUCCCUUAAAAGUAUCCUGACUCGAUUUCUUUGACCUUCAUGGGCCUUCUGUGAAAGGUCUCUCAGGGAGUGGGGAUGCGGUUCCUGAGAACUUAAAAUUGCUCUCAGAGGUCAGAACCUUGGAGACCAUAACUAAUUCUCGCAAGGUGGAUAGAUGGCUUUGCCCUCUGCCUUUCUAGCAAGGGGUUAGGGACAGAGUCUCCCAGCAGAAGCCCCUCCACUGUGUCUGCAGACAGGCUUUUUAAAUGGUUUGCUCACCUUCCAGUCCCCCCCCCCCCCCCGGUGGAGAACCACCCUGGACUGCUCCAGUGCCUGGUGUGGAGAAGGUAAAGCAGUACCUGGGGGUCGCCAACCCCCAAGCCACAGACCAAUGUUUGUUAGGAACCAGACCCCACAGCAGGUGAGUGGCGGGCAAGUGAGCAAAGCUUCAUCUGUACUUACAGCUGCUCCAUCGCUCACAUUACCGCCUGAGCUCCACCUCCUGUCAGAUCAGUGAGGCAUUAGAGUCUCAUAGGGACGCAAACCUUACUGUGAACUGAGUGGGUGAGGGAUCUCGGUUAUGCGCCCCUUGGGAGAAUCUAAUGCCUGAUGAUCUGAGGUGGAGCUGAGGCGGUGAUGCUAGCCCUGGGGAGCAGCUGCAAAUACAGAUAAUCAUUAGCAGAGAGGUGAGGCUGCACAAAGACCAUAAUAAAUCGCUUGCAGACUCAUAUCAAAACCCUAUCAGUGAGUGGCAAGUGGUGAGUUCUAUCUGGUGGCAGGUUAUAAAGCCAUCCCCCACAACCUAGUCAGUGGAAAAAUUGUCUUCCAUGGAACCAGUCCCUGGUGCCAAAAAGGCUGGGGGCCACUGAGGUAAAGGACUUACUUGACGUUCCUGAGUAAUGCUGCAGAGCCAGGUCUCCUGGCCCCAGGCUUCUGAACUUGGGAAGCGGGCCCCUUGUGCUCAAGGGCCUCUACUAUUUGAGCUCUGGACCAACCACCUGGGAGCUGGAGUACUCCCUAUAGCAAAUCAAUCAGCUUUGAGAGGCAGUGGACAGAGCCUGGAGCAAGAAGCCCUGGGUUUUCAAAUUGAAGUUCUCCCAUUUACUAGCUAUGCCACCAUGGGCCAAUUCUCCUGUCUGAGCCUGUUUCUGCAUCUGUAAAAUGGGGGUGAUGGGCCUAUUUCCCAGGGCCAUUGGGAGGGUCACAUGGGACACCUGAUCUCUUCCUGGCACCUAACAGGUGCUUUGUACAUGGCAGCUUCCUUCCUUCCCUUGCUAAGGACCUGCUCUGUUCUCACACCUGGGCAGCUCCCUGGUUUGAAGGAGGCUAGAGCUGGGGCCCUGUUCUUAGGGAAUUAACUGUCUUAUUCAGAAACAACAAUUAAUCUUGUUUGGAACACCCAGGAAACUAUCUGAGGCAGUGGAGGGGGAAGAACAUGACCCUCCUCCUUCCUGCCUGUAUCCCAGGCCUGUUUCUGCUUGGGGAUGGGCUGAGUGCUGUGUAGAAUUAGUCUCGUCUGUCUUCUGGGGCCCAUGAAUUCUUGACUUGCUUUUUAUUCUUAUUUGACACACUCAUUGCAAUCGUUGAAUCAUGAGCACUGAGUGCAGAGGAAGGUGUCACUCCGUCAGCAGGAGAUAGAUGCUGGCGUGGACACUGAAACUACACUGGGUAGAUACUAGCUUUUAGUUAUUAAUAUAAGGGAUGAAAUUAAUUUAAGUGUGAUUCUGUGCUCUAUGUAGAAACUGGUAAAAUGCAAAUACUGUUGGUCUGUCAAGAUGUUUAACAUUUGCUAUAGGUAACUUAAAAAUUAGGGAAGCCUCUGUCUCUAAGGGCUCUUUUCUUCAUCCCUUUUCAUCAGGUCCUCUAAUCCUUUCACCAAUCAAAUAGCUAUUGACAUGGUUUGGAGACAUCAAUCUCAGAAACUUAUGAAAAAUGCCUAAGCUAAUUCUGAAUUACCCAAAGAUUAUGUAAAAUUUUAAAAUAAAU